GAUUUCAUCAUUCUGUUCCAUCCACAUUGUCGCUCCGCCCGCGGUCCAUGCUUCGUAGCGCAACAUCAGCACUGCUGAGGACCAGCAUUGAGAUUCGCACUCUUCGCUCGGUGCCGAGGGUCUGCCGGUUUCUACAGUCGCUGCUGCGCUGUCCGACCCAAAACAGGUCGUUAUCUCUGUCGGUCUGCUUGUGUAAGAAGAAGAAAAGUCUUUGGCUGGAGCUUUCCGAAGGACACAAAAUGAGUGGCAAUAUUGAAGAAAUCCUCGCCCCACUGAGGCUGGCAGUGAAAGAACAGGGUGAGCUGGUGCGCCAGAUGAAACAGGAUGCUGCCCCUGAUGUUGACGUCCUUAAAGCUGUGGCUGAACUGAAAGCGCGGAAGAGAACUCUGGAAACGAAGGAACUGUCUCUGCAGCCCAAAGAUGACAUUGUUGACAGAACAAGAUGGAGGAUACGUUGAAAGAGGAGAUUCUUCUACGACCCCUUCGCUAUUUAUGGAGGUGUGAGCGGUCUGUAUUGUCCUAUACAGGGUGUGAGCGGUGUGAGGCGUCUGUAUUGUCCCCUCUACAGGUGUGAGCGGUCUGUAGUGUCCCCUCUACAGUGUGAGCGGUGUGAGUGGUGUGAGCCGCGUCUGGUAGUGUCCCCUCUACAGGACGUCGGACACGUGCGAAAGUUUGCGGACUACAUGGAUGAAAACGUGAAGAACGAGAGUGUCUCAGGGCAGGACCACCUUCCGUCACAAGCUCACCUCCAGAAGCUGAUGUCUGACAAGAAGUGUCCUGCAAAGAAUAAGGCAGAGAUGGAGGAAGUCGUCACUCAGAUGGACAACUACACCCAACAGGAGUUGACUGACCUCUUUGUGAAAUACAGUGUCAAGUCCCCCACCACAGGAAAUGACGUUUCGGCCCCUCAUCUCUUCAACCUGAUGUUCCAGACGUCUAUCGGACCAGGGGGAAACAUGACAGGGUAAUGAAGCCAUGAAAUGCUCAGGGAAUCAUUCAUCAACUAUCAAUCAAGCGUCUGUUCGGAAUUCAACCCAGGCGAAAGCUUUCCCACUUCGCUGGCUGCUCAGAAAAUCGGCAACUCCUUCACGGAAGAGAUCUCACCACGCUCAGACUACAUCCGUGUCAGAGUUCAUCCAUGGGCUGAGAUUGAGCACUGUGACCCGACUGAGAAGUCCAGCCCCAAGUUCCCCAACGUGGCAUGAGCCUGGAGAUCAAUCCUGUACUCCUCCAAGGACCAGACCAGCGGCCAGUCUGCCUCACGUCAUGAGGCUGGGGAUUCUCUCCUCCGGGGGUUGAUCAAUAACUCUCUGGAUAAGUUUAUGGGAGAAAGUCUACUCUACCUCAACAAAGUGGGUGUGGCCAAAGAAGCUUCGCUUCGUCAGCAACAUGGACAACGAGAAUGCGCCCACUACGCCUGUGACUGCUGGGACGCAGAGACCAAAACAUCCUACGGCUGGAUCGAGAUAGUGGGCUGUGCUGACCGCUCCUGUUUUGACCUGCUGUGCCACGCCCGGGCUACCAAGGUCCCUCUAGUGGCCGAGAAGCCUCUUAAAGAACCCAAAGUAGUAGAUAUCGUCCAGUUCGAGCCCAAUAAGGGAGCCAUCGGUAAAGCCUAUAAGAAGGACGCCAAACUAGCGAUGGAGUACCUAGCUGUCUGUGACGAGUGUUUCAUCACUGAACAGGAGAUGCUACUCAACAGCAGCGGGGAGUUCACCAUAGAGACGGAGGGAAAGACUUUUAAACUCACCAAGGACAUGGUCAGUGUGAAGCGCUUCCAGAAGACCCUGCAUGUGGAGGAGGUGGUCCCUAAUGUCAUCGAACCCUCCUUUGGCAUCGGUAGAGUCAUGUACUCCAUCUUCGAGCACACAUUCCAAGUCAGAGAGGGAGACGAACAGAGAACGUUCUUCAGCUUCCCUGCCACUGUAGCUCCCUAUAAAUGCUCCGUCCUUCCUUUGAGCCAAAACCAGGAAUUCAUGCCUUUUGUUAAGGAACUCUCUGAAGCCAUGACCAAACAGGGCGUGUCCCACAAGGUGGACGACUCGUCAGGAUCCAUUGGGAGGCGCUACGCCAGGACAGACGAGAUCGGAGUGGCGUUCGGCAUCACCAUCGACUUUGACACGGUGAACAAGACGCCCCACACCGCCACUCUGAGGGACCGCGACUCCAUGAGGCAGAUCAGGGCCGAGGUUAGUGAGUUGCCAGGAAUCAUCCGUGAUCUGGCAAACGGUGUCAUGACUUGGGCCGAGGUGGAAAGCAAGUACCCCAUCUUUGAGGGACAGGAGACCAGCAAGAAGGACACGGCCGAGGAAUGAACUUAAUCUUACUCAGUAUGUCUGUCAGUCACUCCUAUGAAACGCCCACAGACAGUUUUAAAUUUCUGCAUCCAUAGGGACGAUUUUACUGCAACUCUAAUUAGGGAAGCAGUCAGUCCUCACGGUGUCCUAACACACAACUGCAACCACUGAAAUUAAACUUCAAAAUAAAUGUAAUAUAAUCAUUGUACCGAACAAUUAUAAAUAGGGUGACAGAGUAAUAAUUUGUCCCUGUUCUGGUAAAUAUUCACCUGUGUACUGGAAUCUGCUCAGAGUUGGAGAGA